AUGUCUGAACCAGUUACCAAACAAGAAGAAUCUUCUUCUGCUCCAAAGCCACCUUCUUCUGCCGUUUUCUCCAUGUUCGGUGGUAAGAAACCAGAAACUGAGGUUAAGAAGGAAGACAAAGCUGACGAUGAAUCCAAGAAAGACGAACCAAAGAAGAACGACGAAGAAGACGAAGAACCAGAUGUUCAUUUCGAACCAGUGGUUCAUUUAGAAAAAGUCGACGUCAAAACUUUAGAAGAAGAUGAAGAAGUUCUUUUCAAAGUGAGGGCAAAAUUAUUUAGAUUCGAUGCUGACGCCAAGGAAUGGAAGGAAAGAGGCACUGGUGAUGCUAAAUUCUUAAAGAAUAAAGCCACCGGUAAAGUCAGAUUACUGAUGAGAAGAGAUAAGACUCUAAAAGUCUGUGCUAAUCAUAUCAUUGCUCCUGAAUAUAGUUUGAAACCAAAUGUUGGUUCCGAUAGAUCAUGGGUUUACAGUUGUACCGCUGAUAUCGCUGAAGGUGCUCCAGAAGCUUUCACUUUUGCCAUUAGGUUCGGUAACAAGGAAAAUGCGGAUAAAUUCAAAGAAGAAUUCGAAAAAGCUCAAGAAUUGAACAAAAAAUGA